AUGAAGGUCGCCGCGAGUGUUGACUUGGUCAUUCAGAAUGCCACCAUUGCCACGGCAUCCGAUGUCCUCCCCGAGCAAGAUAUUGCCAUCGGCGGAGGAAAGAUUCUACUACUAGGCCAGAACCUGACAGCGCUGUUCCCCGGUGCAGGAGUGCUGGAUGCUCAGGGGGCAUAUGUCGUACCAGGCGGGGUGGACAGCCAUGUGCAUCUGCAGCAAGACAACAACCCGACAGGAGACACCUUUGAGACGGGUACACGCUCCGCAGUAGCAGGGGGCACGACGACAGUUCUGGCGUUUGCAACGCAGACCCGCACCGACGAGAGUCUCCAUCCGAUUGUGGAGGACUAUCAUGCACGCGCGGCGGGCAACUGCUACUGCGACUACGGGUUCCAUCUGAUCCUCACGAACCCGACGCCAAGCAUCCUGGACGAGGAGAUGCCGGUGCUGGUGCGCGAGGGGGGGAUCAGCUCUGUCAAGCUAUACAUGACGUACAAACCGCUGCGGCUGAGAGACCGCGACAUCCUCGACGUGAUGGAGUCGACGCGGCGGCUGGGGAUGACCACAAUGAUCCAUGCCGAGAAUGCUGAAAUGAUCGAAUGGAUGACGGACAAGCUCGAGGCCCGCCGGCUGACAGCGCCGUACUACCACGCGGUCUCCCGGCCCAACAUCGCCGAGGAUGAGGCGACAUACCGGAUCAUCUCGUUGGCGGAACUGGCGGACAUCCCCAUCCUGAUCGUCCAUAUGUCUUCCAAGAUGGCUGCGGCGCACGUCCGUCGCGCACAGACCCGGCUGCUGCCUGUCCACGCCGAGACGUGUCCCCAGUAUCUCUUCUUCACGAGCGAAAAACUCCGGGGAGAAGGGUUUGAAGGGGCCAAAUGUGUGUGCUCGCCUGCCUUGCGGGAGGAUCCGCUCCAUCUGGACGCUAUGUGGGAAGGGCUGGUGAACGGGACCUUCACGACCUUCUCCAGCGACCACGCACCUUCCAAGUUCGAUCACCCUAUUGGUAAGAAGGCGGGCACCUCUACCUUUACGAAGAUCCCCAACGGCUUGCCAGGCUUGGAGACACGCAUGCCUAGUCUCUUCUGCCAUGGAGUGCUGACGGGCCGACUGUCGAUCCAAAAGUUCGUCGAGCUUACCAGUUCCAACCCGGCGAAGCUGUAUGGGAUGGGGGGAAGCAAGGGCACCAUCGCUCCCGGCCACGACGCAGAUCUCGUCAUCUGGUAUCCGACACAGGAGCAAGCAGCGAACUAUAAGGCGCUGAGCGGGCGAGCAGCGUCGAGCAUGACGCCUUUCGCACUCGACAAUGCCAUGUUGCACCACGACAUCGACUACACUCCGUUCGAGGGAAUGGAGUUUGCCAAUUGGCCGCGGUACACGAUCCUGCGGGGGAAAGUGGUGUGGGAUCGCGACAACGGCGGCGUGCUGGGCAGCAAGGGCGAUGGUCUGUUCUUGAAACGGGGGCGAAGCACGCUCAGCAAGCCUCGGGGGGUGUUUGUCAAUGAGCUGGAUCUGUAUGCGAAAUGA